UUGGAGAAGAUAAAGUAUAUUCAGUAUCCAGAUCAGGAGAUCAACAAACCAGCUGUUAAAGACCCCUUGGUUUCCUACUCCAGCCGCCCGCUGCUGUGCUGCUCCACUGUCGUGGACUCUAACCCUCUGGAGCCGUAAGCCAGGGUUGUUGGUGUGGCUGCACUUCUUGCGGCAGAUCAUCUUGUCACAGUUGUACUUCUGGGCAAGCUGACGAAGGGACUGCUCGAUGAUGCCACCAUGCACACGAAGCACCAGGUGCAAAGUGGACUCUUUCUGGAUGUUGUGGUCAGACAGGGUCCGGCAUCCUCCAGCUGCUUGCAGCAAAUAUCAGCCUCUGCUGGUCAGGAAAUGCACAAUUUUGAGGACGAGUUAACAUGUCCCAUUUGUUACAGUAUUUUCGAAGAUCCUCGAGUUCUACCAUGCUCUCAUACAUUUUGUAGAAAUUGUUUAGAAAAUGUUCUUCAGGCAACUGGAAACUUUUAUAUAUGGAGGCCUUUGCGAAUUCCACUCAAGUGUCCUAACUGCAGAAGUAUUAUUGAAAUUUCUUCAAGUGGUAUAGAAUCCUUACCUGUAAAUUUUGCAUUGAGAGCAAUUAUUGAAAAGUACCAGCAAGAAGACCACCCCGAUGUUGUCACCUGCCCUGAACACUACAGGCAGCCAUUAAAUGUUUAUUGCUUGCUAGAUAAAAAAUUAGUUUGUGGCCAUUGUCUUACUAUAGGCCAACAUCAUGGUCAUCCUAUAGAUGACCUUCAAAGUGCCUAUCUGAAAGAAAAGGAUACACCUCAGAAGUUGUUUAAACAGUUAACCGACACACACUGGACAGACAUCACCCGUCUUAUUGAAAAGCUUGAGGAACAGAAGUGUCAUUCUGAAAAAAUGGUUCAAGGUGAUUUGGAAUUUGUUCUUCAGUAUUUUAAGGAGCUUAGUGAUACAUUAGAACAGAAAAAGAAAGUUUUUUUGGCAGCUCUCUGCGACGUUGGCAAGCUGAUCAAUCAGGAAUACACUCCGCAGAUCGAAAGGGUGAAGGAGAUCAGAGAACAGCAGCUCGAGUUAAUGGCAGAGACUACAGCUUUACAAGAUGAGUCUCCACUUAAAUUCCUAGAAAAAAUUGAUGAUGUCCGCCAACGUGUGCAGAUGUUGAAACGGAGACCACUUCCUGAGGUCCAGCCUGUAGAAAUUUAUCCUCGAGUAAGCAAAGUAUUAAAGGAAGAGUGGAGCAGAACAGAAAUUGGAUAUAUUAAGAAAGCAGUUGUUCCUGAAAUGAGAAUUUCUUCAAAAAGGAUGCCAUGUUCCUGGCCUGACAAGAAUGAAAAAGAACUCGAAUUCUUUAAAAUUUUAAAUAUUGCUGUAGUUUCCCUGAUUUCAGUGAUAUUAAUGUUGAUACUCUUUUUCAGCCAACACAUAAUCACCUUCCUAAAUGAAAUCACUUCAAUAUGUUUCUCUGAGGUUUCUUUGUCUGUUUACCAAAGUUUAUCUAAUAACUUAAAUGACUUAAAAAAUAUGGUAUGCUACACUUUAUAUUUGUUAAAGGAAAUCAUGUUGAAAAUAGUAUCUCGUUGAAAACCCAAAUGAACAGUUUUAAGUGGGCUUCUCCUGUUUAGCAGAGGCUAACCAUUGCUAAAUGGAAGUUGGGUAGCAUAAGUAGCAAACUUAGAUAGAAUAUAUAUAUGGUAAACCUUCCAUGAUUGGAUAGAAAUGGUGCCAGAAAUGAUACAUUAUCUGAAAGAUUAUUCAAAUCAGAUUAGAGAAUUAUUUUUGAUUUGAGUAUUAUAUUGGCUCGAUAGUCAAAAUUGUAAAUCUGUCUAACAAGCAUCUUUUUCUUUUUUACUAUAACAUGCUACAGUAGCUUUGCAGUUCUUUGUAUAUGUAGAUAUUAGAUUAGAAAAAAAUAACAAGAUCCUUGACCCACAUAUCUAUCUUGAUGUGAUUUGAAGCUUUUCAGUGUAUAGAUAUAGGCGGAAAAAGAUUCAGGCUAGGAUUGCUUAAACAUCUUUUUGGUCAAACAUAAAUCAAGAACAUUCAUUCCGGAUAGAGCUUUUGGAUAAAGCAAGUGUCUAGUACUUAUUUUAUAUAAACAUUGUGUUUAGAAUCUGAGUUUAAUGGCUAGGGAAUCUCAAGUCAGGGUCUGUCUGGAUAUUGUAUUGACAAACAAACCAAACAAAAACGUUAAAAACAAAGCGGAGCCCUUGCCUUGUCUCCAGCAGCAAAACAAGAAUAUAUUUUGCUUUUGUAGUGUUUUAAUCUUGUUCCUACAUAAAAAGUAUAUGAAACAUGUAUGACAAUCAUGUUGACAUGAUUCAUUUAAUAGAAUUCAUGUAAACUAUAUCUUAAAAUGGUCUCAUCUACAGCCCAAGUACUGGGAAUUAUGAGUUGCCAUAAUUGGAUUAAUUUUAAAAGAACUCAGUAAGACAACCUUUAGUUCCCUUAACAAGGACUAGCAUGAUGUUUGCAGUAUAAUUUUAGUUCACUGUCAUUAAAAUACCCAAAUGGGCUAUUCUUGAAUCCUGAGCUCUGGGGAUUUUAUUUCAAAGGUCCUAGAUUCAUUCUAAAGCUGUGUUAAAGUCAAGGUUAUAAUGCUUAGAAAUCUAUCAUUAGGGCCUGGAGAGAUGGCUCUCCCAGAGGUUCUGAGUUCAGUUCUCAGCAACCGUAUGGUGUGAUUCCAUGACCAUGUAUGAGAUCUGGUGCCCUCUUCUGGCAUGUAGGCAUACAUGCCAGCAGGAUGCUGAAUGCAAAAGAAAAAAAAAUUGCAUUGAUAAAAAGAUCAGAUUUUAUCCAGCAUAGUUAUAUACUGAGGCCAUUUGGAAGAUGGAGUGGAGGUGAUGGAGUAGUGUUCAGUUUUUAACAGACACAUAGGUCACACUGAGUGCUGUUUUUAAAUGUAAAUAUUAGUAAAGAAUGUUAGUUUUCAAGGGGCUACUAACUUCUUUGUACAGAUGAGCAACAAACCAAAGUAAUGCAGUGCCAUGGUAGGUGGGAGAACAUUCUCAUCAGUGUUUAUCAUGCUUUAAAAACGAGCAGGCCAAGAUUGGUGUUAUUAACCGAAACUUACAUUCCAACCUAAACAAGCAUAUACCGAGUAUUACCUUAAAAGGCUUGACAAUUUUUUGUGUGCAACUCUGUUUUCUGGUAAGUUAUUAUAUACUGUUUUAUAUCUUUACUAUGAGACUGAGAUUGUACAAAAAACACAUUUGGAAAUUCUGGGUUUUAUGUGUAACAAUGUAUUUGAAUAAACUUGGUAUUUUAUUGAA